GCGCGCAUCGCAAUCUGAAGCCAGCUCGCCGUGAGCGGUGCUGCCCGGAACAGCGAUUGUUCUAAAAACUAUGAGUUCUGCCCAGGGGCAGCGCUCCCAAAAGCCCUCGACCUGAGCGAGGCAGCCACCAGUGAGUGAGUGCUUGCCCAGCCCUGGAAGGGCAGCUAGCUCAUGGACGGCUACGACUCGCCGCGGGUCCAGUACGCCAGCCCCCGGCGCCAGUUGUCGAGGAGCGGCAAGAAGAACACCAUCGCCCGGGACUUGGAUACGCGGACGCCGCGCUACUCGCCUCCGCCGCCUUCCACACCACCGCCCGCGUCGCCCGCCCGACGCUCACCAUCACCGGAAGCGCCGUCCUACACAAGAAGAAGACCGUCGCCGCCGCCCUUCGGCUCGCCGGACACAUUACGAAGCCAAUACACGGUGCGGACGGGCGGUAGUGCGGCCGCGUGGGAACGGGCUUUACAUCGACGAGUGGCGGCUCUCGAACACCAGUUGAAGGCAGAAGUCGCGGCCAACGACGAACUUAGGAGGCGCGCCGCGGGCGACAAUGUCGGUGAUGAUGAUAGAUCAUUAGCAGCAGCCCAGGCCGCGUGGCGGAGGGAACGAAGGGUCUUGGAGAGACAGCUCCACGCGGCUCGAGCGGCGGCCGCCGACGCCGUCUCGCGCAAACCCCAUCCUACAGUAAUGGAGGACGACGAUUCCGUCGACCCCGCCGCGCUCGUCGGCCGGGCCGCGGAUGCGCUGGACCGAGCGUCGUCGCUGCCGUCGCCCGUCCCCAAGCUCCGACGCAAGUUGAAAGCGUGGGCCCUGCGGUCGGCCUUCUCCGUGGCGUCUCGCGUACCUUAUAGAGCGGUCGCGCGGCGGUUUGCCUUCUGGCGCGGCGCUGCUACGGUGCCUCCAUUAUUGGAGGGAGACGACCGCACGUUACGGGUUGUGGCAAGGGUCAUGCGGCGCGUUUUGAAAGAUUGGCUCCACGAUAGUAUGGAGGCGGCGUUCUGCGACUGGGUCGCUGUUGUGAAUCGAUCGCAAGGUGCCGAUUGGGUGACGCGCGUCUUCUCGACUCACUUCACGCGACGAGGCUUUAGGAGGUGGCUCCGCGCCGCCGAGGCCUCCGUGCAGUCACGGCGCCUCGCCGAACUGACGAACGCGAGCGACGUUUCUGGAAAGCGCCAGGCCCACGAGCUCGCGAAGUACGAAAAGGAGCUGCGCGAGGCCCGCGCUCGUCACGCCCUCGAAUUGGAGAAGGCCGAGGCGCGACGAGCGGAAGCCGUCGAGGAAUGUGCCGCGCAAUUCAGGCAGCGCAACGCCGAGCAGCUCGAGGAGGCCGAGGACCGCUACCAGAGGUUAAUUGACGAGGCCUGGCAGGCGACCGAGCGGUCGCGGGCGCAGGGCGUCGAGAGCGUCGGCGCGGUGACGCGGCACUUUGCCAAUGCGGCUCUAGGCCGCUGCUUCGCCCAGAAGCCUCAACGAUGCCGACUGGUCUUCUUCCGGCGCUGGGCCCACAACACGCGCUGCGACGCGCGGUGGAACGUCGCCACGAGGCGCCUGCGCCGGACCAUAGGAAGGUGGUCCUCGCGCCAAAAGUCGCAAGCGUGGCAGACGUGGGUCGACGUCGUCGAGGACGAACGGCGCCGGGUCGAGCGCGAACGCGACUCGGCGCGACGGCUCCGGUCGACCGUCGGACGCUGGUGUGAGCGCUUUUUAGCAAGAGCCUGGCGUGCGUGGAUUGAGGUAGUGGAGUACGAAACUCUACUCGCUGCGAACGAGGCCGCCUCCGCGCGACGCCUCCGUAGCUGUAUUCAACAUUGGAGCCUGCGGAAGACGGCGAAAGCCUGGCGCGCCUGGACGGAAGCUGUUGAGGAAUCAGCGCGGGGCGACCGUCGUUUGGCGCUGUCGGCGCGCGACCUGCGGCUCUGCGUGAAACGCUGGGUCUGUCGCGAAAGGGCGGCGGCGUUCCGGACCUGGCGCCGGUUCCUGGACAUACAGAGACGCCUCGAGCGAUGUUUGAAACGGUGCCUGAACCGCCACCUGGCGAUGGGUCUGUCCAAGUGGACGAGCCACUGCCACUUCACGAAGCGCACGCGGGAGCGCCAGGCCAUGGCGUUUCGGACGCUGGAGCGCUGCGUCGGGCGGCUGUUGCAUGGGCACCAGGCCGAGGCCUUCGACACGUGGCUCGCAGCCGCGGAGGCGCUGAGCGCCGCGGACGCCCUCCAGGAGCAGUCGACGUUCUCGCUCGAGAAAUGUUUAAGGAAGUGGCUGCAACGCUUGACGUCGAGAGCCUUCCGCACGUGGACGGCCGAGUCGCAGCGCAUUCUACACCGGAAGCGCGCCAUGCUGCGGGCUUCCCGAAGAUGCGUGCUGCUAUGGGUCCGGGGGGAAGUUGCCAAGGCGUUCCGCCGCUGGUCCGGGCGCGCCUCGCGGCUCAUGAUCUGCGCGGACGCUUCCAUGCGGAUCGAGCGCAUCAUGAUGCGGGCGCUGCGGCGUCUGGUCGCGACGGCGCGGGCGCGCGCCUUCGCCGCAUUUCGGGAGGUAGCUUCGAAAAGCCGAGCCCUCGACCACCUUGCCACAACAAGGCGCCUCGCCCUCGAGAAGUGUCUGAGGCGGUGGACGAAACGAUCGUUAGCAAGGGGCCUCGAGACGUGGUCCACGACGACGACCUUCUUCCACAACCUGCGGAGGUGCGUCCUCCGUAUCCUAAGGAGACGGCUCGCCACCUCAUUCGUCACCUGGUCGGGCGAGAGCUUUCAUUUAAGAAGACGCGAGACAAUGUUGAGAGACGCGGCGAAGGGUCUAAGACGGUGCUUGACGCUCUGGCUCCGCCGGAAGCGCGCGCGCGCGUAUCGGAAGUGGAGCGGCCGCUGCUCUCUUAUCAGAUUAAGGAGCGACGCCAUGAAACGCUUGGACCGCGUGAGACGAAGGUGUUUGCAAAGGAUACGCCAUGCGACUUUAUUAAGAGCGUUGAACACGUGGGUCCAUGGGAGGGACGUCUACCGCUUCCUGGAAGGCCAUUCCAUCAAAGCAACCUCUGCCCUACGAAGGGUACUCAAGAGAUGGCUCCACCGCGAGAAGGCGAAAGCAUUAGAGGCCUGGUUUAGGACCGUAUCCUUCAUCCGAGGCAUGGAGCGCGUCGUCGCGCGGAUUGUACAUCGGCUAGUGGCGAAGGCGUGGGUCACGUGGACCGGGGACGUAAGUGCGGGCUUACAUCGGAGGGCCUUGCAUUUACGAGGGGCCUUGGAUUGCCAGAGGUGCGUCCAGCUGUGGCUCCAACGGAAGCGGGCGCGCGCGUUCCGCAAAUGGUCUGGGCGCAUACUUGUAUUAAGAGGAACGAGCGCCGCGAUCCGCCACUUGACACGGGUGCGGCGGCGCGUUCUCUAUAGGAUGCAAUCUGCAGAUCUGAGCCGGGCCUUCUGGACCUGGUACGACUUGUAUUGUGAACGACGGGCCCUCGACCUGAAAGGUGAUGAACGAGCGUUAACGUUACUCAGGGUCCUGGGGCGGUGGCCGCGACGGGCCCAAUCGAAGGCCUGGCGGAGCUGGGAACUACGAAUACGAUUGCUAAGGCAGACGGAGCGAUGUGUGAGACGGUGGCGGAACAAGCGCCACGCGAGGGCAAUGAGGGCCUGGACGGAACAUGUAUGGGAGCGUAAAUCUCGUAGAGACGCCCUGGACGGCGCCGCUCGGACCAUGGGCGUCUGCGUUGCGGCGUGGUCGCGCAAGAAGGUCUACGGAGCGUUCCGCGCCUGGUCCCGGCGGCGCGUCCAUCUGACAAGCUUAACUGACGCGGCUCGACGGCUCCACCGUCUUAAAUCACAAUCCUUGCGACGCUUGCGGUUCCUUCAUGUUGGAAGGGGCUUCACGACCUGGUAUCGCUUCACCCAUUCCAUGCGCAUGCUUGACAGUGUCCAUUCGACGCACCGCCACAUGCUGUCGAGGAUCGUGAAGAAGUGGGUGCUCCGGACGCAAAGUGUUGCCUGGAGGACGUGGUCGCGACGCGUCGUGUUGCUGCGUUUACUCGCCAAAUCAGUAAUGAGGCUCGUGAGGCGGGAGGCGUCGCGAGGGCUGAUGAAAUGGAUUGCCGUCCUCAAGAGAGAUAAAAGGGCGAAGGCGGCUCUACGACGUGUGCUCACGAUGUGGACGAAGCGGCGCUUCACGCGCGCGUUCCGGACGUGGGCCGGCCGCUUGUUUUUGUUCAGAGAUCGGCGCCAAGCCGCGAAGCGUCUACAAAGGAUCAAGGCCUCGGUCAUCCACCAAAUCCAGCUACGUAAAUUAGCACGCGCUCUAAGGACGUGGCGCGCCUACGGCUCGUCGUGUAGGGCGCUGGAUCGGAAGCUGACCCGCAACGUCUUCACAUUGAAGAAAGUACUCAGGCGAUGGCUCAACCAGACGAAGGCCGUAGGCUUCAAAACCUGGCACAAAAAUUCUAUAUGGAAGCGCGACUUCCGGCGAUGCGUCAUGAGGAUGCUGCGGUUCCACCUCUCGCAAGGCUUUGCUGUUUGGGCCGAAGGGUCCUUCGAAAUCGGUGUGCGAGGCGACGCCGCCCGACGUUUACGGAGGAAGAUGUUUAUCGUUGCCAAGCGCAUCAUGCACAACAAGUUGCAUCAAGCAUUUGUGUCCUGGCUUUUGGUCCUCGACGAGGCGAGAGAUGAAGAAGCUCGUAAAGUCGAGGCGUCUUCACAGAUGCGCCGCUGCGUCGAGAGGUGGCUCACGCGAGGACUGCGGGACGCCUUCGACAGUUGGGCCGACGCCGUCGUGUUGAGGAACGACUUUGAAAAGUGUGUGAGGCGGAUGCUUUCCCGGCAAUUGUCAGCGGCAUUCACGACGUGGUCCGGUAUUAGUUUCCUGCACAAGUUGGGUAGAGCGGAUAGACGAGGCGCUGCUCAUACUAUAAAACGGACGUUGACACUGUGGCACUCUAGGAAGAAGUUUUCUGCCUUCCGCAAGUGGUCCGGCCGGGCCUCGUUCCUGUCGAGGCGCUCUAGAGCUCUCCAACGGACCUUACUGAUAAAGCGGAAGACCUUCCACCGCUUCCGGAACCAAUUGUGCGCCAAGGGCUUUCGGACGUGGGUCGAGCACGGCCUGAGACGACUUGUAUGGAAACGCUCUCUGAUUAAGCAGCAACAAACCGCGAAAAGAGUGCUGAGGCGGUGGCUCAAGCGGCACAAGUCGAGGGCCUUCCAGACCUGGAUCAUGCGCGUCAUUUUCUUGCGGUGUCUGCGGCGGUGCCUGCUGCGGUUAUUGCGACGGCGGUUGGCCGUAGGAUUUACUACUUGGUCCGGGCGCUCCUUUAAGUUACGAGAUGCACGACGACGGUUCCAGCGUCGAGUCUUUGGCGUGAGAAGGUGUGUGAGACGGCUGAUGCACCGAGAAUUGAUGAUGGGACUAUCGACGUGGUCUAAAUUUGUCGCACAAUGCAAGGAAAAAGAUAUUUUUGAGAACUUCAAGGAGAUCCAGGAUUUGAGGCAGCACCGCCAGCGCCUCGCGACCUUCUCGAAGUGCGUCAAGGCGUGGCAGAGGCGGGACCGCGGUCGUGCCUUUCGGACGUGGGCUACUACUACUAUGUUCCUGCGGAAUCUGGGACGGUGCGUAUCGAGGAUGUGUCAUAGGCAACUCGCUGCGGCUUUUGGGAAGUGGAGCGGCCGCAGCUUUGCACUGUCAAAAAGACGCAAUCUUCACGAGGACGCGUCGAAGCGACUAACACGCAAUUUGCAGCGGUGGCUGCGCUGGCGGCGGAACCGCGCGUUCCUCAAGUGGACCGCGAUCGUCGGUGCCGCCAACCUCUCACAUAGGGUUCUGAUAACGGCGACGCGCGUCCUAAGGAGGUGGCUCCUGCGGCAGGCUUCAAUAGCCUUCCGCACCUGGCACUCCCUGACAAUGAUGGAGACGCAGUCGAAGCAGUUCGAGGCGCUGUGGGAUUCGAAUAUGGGCCGUACUAGGAGUAGCGUCGUGCGGCGCCUGACGCGGAGCUUAGCAAGAUGGUCAAAACAACGGAAAUCCAUGGCCUUCAACGCCUGGGCGCGUAGUGCGUUCGGCGACUACCACGGCGACCUGUUAAAGUGGUCCGGUGCGGCUCUGUGUCGACGGGCGCUGGAACGGCGGCAUCGAGGCAUCGUCCACUCGAAGCUUCUGAGGUGGCGCCGGGCGACGUUCCUGGUGAGAAACGCCGAGAAGCAUCGAGCGGUCCUCGCGGACGCUGAAAUGAGACGCCGCCACUCUGAGAGUGAACGCAAGGCCCACGCCGCCGCUCGCUUGCAUCGGUUCCUGCGGUCAAAACGCUACGGGUGCUUAAGGUUGGGCUUCGACGCCUUCGAAGGGCACACCCAUAGCCUGAUCGAGGCCCAGGCCCAUCUCACAAAGGUGCGAUCCGAGAGCUUGAAGCGAUGCUAUUUGAGAUGGAGCCGCGGUACGCGACGCGAGGCCUUCCGCAUCUUGCAGGGACGGCAUGCGACGCUCGGGAAGAGGCAGAGCGCGUGCCGGCGCUUCCGGAGAACGUUGGGUCGCUUCGAGGCGUUCUCUGUUUCCACGGCCUUCCAGCAAUGGGCGAGAACCAUCAGAGGCGACGCGCGGGCCGAAGUUAUAUUAAGAAGGUGCCUCGGGCGCCUCGCGAACCGGGCCGUGGGUCGCGCCUGCGCGGCCUGGUGGCGCGUCGUGUUUGCGUCGAGGCGGCGCGAGGAGCUCCUCGAGCGGGCCUCGUCAUUGUUGUGGCGCGGCGGCGUGACCGCUGCUAUCAUAAGGUGGCGCCGGUCCGUGAACCUGCGGACGCGCCUGACGCGGCGGGAGGCGACGCAGCGCGCUGCUUUACGUUUAGUAGCAAGAGGUCUCGAGGGCCGCCUCUCCACUCAAGCUUCGGCUCUGAAGCGCCACGCGCUGAACGCGUGGUGGUCUCAAAUCGCCAAGCGCGGCUUCGUGGAGCAGCGCCUCCGCACCAUCGCCACCCGCGUGGGGGCCGCGCGGACGCGGACCGCCUUCGGGACGUGGCGCUCUCACAGUCUUGCAACGGAGAAGCUGGCCUUCUCCCAGAAUCACGCCGCGCAUGCGAUCAAGCGCGUUCUAGGGCGGUGGACGAAGCGGCUGCAAGCGCAAGCCUUCGAGGUGCUCGCGCGCCGCGCCGCGACGGCUAGGUUCUUGAUUCGUAUAUUGAUGAAGAUGCUGCGUCUCAAGGUAGCGUCGGCCUUCGCGUCGUGGAUUGGCGACGUGGCCUUGCUGAAGAGUCGCAAGAACGCCCACAAGGCGAGCGUCUUGCGGUUACGAAGGGUCGCGAGACGCAUGGCGCGGUGCCUGAGCUACUGGCUGAAGCGUAUCCAACUAAGAGCAUUCCGGACGUGGGUCGACCUGUUGUCGAGGGAGGUUUCGAAACUUUAUGCCACGAAACACGUCGGGUUCAUCGUGACGCGGUGGCGUCUGAGGCAGGUCUCAAGAGCUUUAAGAGCGUGGCGCUACACGACCGGUCUCACAUUACAGUCGGAGCACUUUGAAUUGUUGUGGCGCGGUUCGUUGGGGCGAGGCCAGGACGCGGCCGCGAGACAACUGCAGCGGUGUCUCACGAGGUGGUUCGGCAAGAAGCGAACCCUGGGCUUCCGGGCCUGGGUGUCUUAUGUGGGCGACGCCGCGUGCCGCCAGAAUAGUGCUUCGUUAUGUCUCCGCAUCUGUAAGAAGGUCGCGGCGCGCGCGUCCCGACGGCGGUUAUUGCUGUGGAAGCGCGCCUCGUUUUUAGCGAGGAAUGCGGAAAAGCACCGGGCGGUGCUCGAUGACGCCGCGUUGCGGCGGCGCCACGCGGUUUCGGAGCGGAAGGGCCACGCCGUUGCUCGCUUAUCGAGGUACCUCCGGAGCACGAUGAAUGGCAGGGUGCGGCGCGCCUGGACUGAUUUGAAAAUAAAUGCGGAGCGGGGCCGGUCUCUCUUGCAACAGGACGCCUUCCUCGCGCACCAGCGCAGGCAUGCGCUCCGAAGAUGCGUUUCAUAUUUGAGGAGCGGUGCGAAAGCUAUGGCAUUCCGAGCCUGGUUAGUCAACGCCGAUCUAUUGAGGACGAAGACGGUGACACUACGACGCGUUUUGGGGAGGUGGACGAAGCGCGUCCAAUACGAGGCCUUUGAAGUGUUGGCAAGGCGCGUCGCCACCGCGCGGUUCCUGAGCCGGGUCCUGCAGAAGAUGCUGCGCCUCAAGGCAUUGACGGCGUUCACGACCUGGACCACUCAUAUACAAAGGCGCCUCACUUCCCAUAGAUCGUUGCUCUCGCGCGCCCGGGCGUUGCGCCGGUGCGCCAAGCUCGUCAAGGGAGGGCGGUUAUCACUCUACUUCCGGGCCUGGGCCUUGAAUAUAAGAAGACGCAGCCGCGCGGAGGCCGCCUGUCGCCGGAUACAGCGCGCCACGACGCGCUACGAGCGCGCUACACGAUUGCGAUACGUGCGAAGGUGGCUUCAGCGCGUGCGAGAUGAUAAGAGGGCUUCCAUUAUCUUGAGGAAGUGCCUCGGCCGCUUCGCGCAUCGGGCCGUGGGCCGAGCGGCGGCAAAAUGGUGGGGGGAUAUCAUCAUUGAAAGAAGACGGGAAGACCUCCUAACGCGGGCCACCGAACUCUUGUGGCGCGGGUCGGCGACAAGUGCCAUCUUGAGGUGGAAGUGCACGGUGCAGAUUAUCGGAAGGUCGAGCGCUGCGUUCCAAAAGUUACGAAGGCGGCGGGGCGUGGCUUUAAGGUUGCUGAAGCGGGGCCUUGUCGGACGUACGACCAGGGACGCCGGAAAUCGAUUGCGGCGCGCGUGGUUCAGAUGGCGGGGCCGAACUAGGUUACUGAACGCCCUAGCAAGGAGGCUCUCCCGAUUGGCGACGGCCGAGGCGCGCUACCGACUGAGGCAAGCCGUUCGGGACUGGGAUCGGUUCGCCCAGGCCAAAAUUCUGAUCGAGUUAGAUGAUCACGGUCUGAACGCUGUUAGGUUUGAGGAGGCUAGGGCGAAUGCGUUGCGCUUAAAACGCCAGCGGUCGACGGUGCGCCACGUCGCGAACGCGCUGCUGCGGCCGGCGCUGGCCCGCGGCUUCCGAGCCUUCCGCGGCCACAUGAUGCGCAUGCGGCGCCUCGCGAAGGUCUGCCAGCGGGCGCACAUGCACGCGCGCUGUACCGUACAGAAGGCGUUCUUCACGAUGAAGGCCCAGCGCACGAGAGGAGACGCGUUGUCCAUUGUCCAAGCCUCGGGCCGGUGGGUCCGCGAGGCCGGCGCCCGAGCCAUGCGGGUCUGGUUACGAAGGCGGGCGCGCACGUUCGUGCUGUGGGCCUGGCGCAUUUGGAUGCUUAAUAUCAACGAGCAGCGUCUUGAAAACCAGCGGCGCCUGACGUCCAACUUAAAUCUGGUCCAAGGGGCGUCGCGCCUGGAACGGACGCUGAAACGGUGGCGCUUCGCUACAUUAGCGACGGGUCUCCAAACCUGGCUUGACCGCGCGGCUCUACUAAGGCACCGCCACGACCGCAACACGGCCACGGCGACGGCCCAGAUCUUCCGCUCUUUACAUAGGAAGUGGACGCAGAACGCGCACCGGAGACUCGCGGCGUGGCGCCGCGCCGCGUUCCUGCUGCGCAACGCCGAGAAGCACCGUUUAGUAUUAGACGAGGCGGAGGCGCGCCGCGCCUUCGCCACGACGAAGCGCAAGGCGCACGCCGUGACGCGCCUGGCGACCUGGGUGAGGCGGUGGCACGACGGUAAAAGGGCAAGGGCGUUUGUGCGGUGGUGCCGCUUUGUGUUGAACCACGAAGCAUCUUGUUUGAGAGGAGGCCUGCGCGCGGACUGUUUAAAACGCUGUCUGCAACGAGGAAUCAAUCGUUGGGCCCUCCACGACACGUCAAGAGCGUUCCGGGCCUGGAAAUCUUAUAGGGACGCCUUUAACAACGACGCGCUGCGAUACGGAGCCCAGACGGCUAAGUUCAAGCGCCUGCUCGCCAAGCACGCGCGCCGCACGACAUCAUACAUACUUCGGGCGUGGUCCCAAAAGGCGCGCGCCGAGGCCCGGGCCGAGCGCAUUUUGAAAAGGUGCCUCGGCCGCGCCGCGCACCGGUCGCUCGGCGCGGCCUGCUCGAGCUGGUACGACUUUUUGCGCUUCCAGGAGAUCACAGAAACACGUGCGGCCAAGCUCGCGCGCUGCGCGCGGCGCCUCCGGCAGCCGCAGCAGUUCCGCGCAUUCAACAGAUGGCGCCGCGUCCUCGCGCUGUCCACGCAACGUUCAAAUGCAGCCGCGCGCCUCGAGCGCCUGGAGCGGCGCAUUGUGCGGCGAUUGGUGAAUGCGCGGCUAGGGGCAGCUAUGGACGUCUGGUGCGCCCAGCGGCAUAAAGUGUCGAGGGCCGAGCGGGCGCGGCGCCGUUCAGUUGAGGCGCUGCGCAAGGUGCUCACGCGGUACGCGUCCCGUGAUAAACGAGCGGCCUUCCGCCUGUUUGUGGACGUGACGCGGCUUCAUCAGACGCAGAGCCGCGCGGCCCGGCAGUUGGUGCGUGUUUUCAACCGAGCGCUCCGGAAACAGAGGGCCGCCCACCUCGUUACGGGGAUGCGCCAUUGGCGCGCGUACGUCGUCGAGGCGCGCGCGGCGGACCACCGCCGCGAUCUACGCCUCCUCGACCUGAGGAAGUGCGUGGCGCGGUUCGGUCGACGGUCCCUCGCCUUUGCUUUUUUGAGGUGGGAAUCAUGUAUAGAGGCCCAGUAUCGAUUGCGGCGCCUGCUGUCGAACUGCGUGCUCCACAAGCGCAAGGCGGCGUUCCGAGCCUGGGCGGAAGGCGUGAUCGAGCGCCGCGACACGUCGGAGGCGGUGCGCCACCUCUGGCAUAUUCACCACCGCAUCUUUGUGAAGUGGUCUUUACGGAGACAGUCGUGCGGGUUCGUGGCGUGGCGCGACGUCGUAAGGACGCAAUCGAAUCGAACCCGCGCCCUCGCGCGCGUCGCCCGGCGCUUUUCUUCCUACCGGCGCGCGCUCGCGUUCCGCACGUGGCUGCGCCUGGCGGCGCGCUCGCGGCGCCGGGCCGAGCGACUUAAGCGGCGGAGCGACUCGAAUGAUUCAUUAAGAGCUCGGUCGCUCCAGCUGCUGCGGAAGGUUUUAGUCAGGUACUCGCGGAGCGCCGCGCGGCUCUACUUUGUGAGCUGGGCCGCGCGCGUCGACGCCCGGUCGCGAGCGGCCAAGCUGCUCACGAAGUGCGCUAGACGGUUAGCGCAUUUGGCCGUCGGCAAGGCGUGUUAUGCGUGGUACGAUUUGAUAGUCGAGGAUCGAAAUCAGAGGGAGGCCCUGGACGCUAUGUGUAGAUGUCUGAAGCGGUUCCAGCACGCGCGGCUCUGGGCCGCGUAUCGCAAAUGGAUGCUGGGGGCCCACAUUGCGCAAAGGCGCUUGCACGAAGCGAAGCGGAUCUAUCUCAUCAGGCGCAAGGCCCUGCGGCGCUUCCGUUCAAUGGCCAAGGCUCGAGCCUUCACGACGUGGCGCGUCAUGUCAGAGAGGUGUAGACGCAUGGCGAACAAGUCGUUGGUAUUGUCCAUCAAGCUCAAAGUACCUAUAGAUAGGUGGACGCACCGGAAAUUGUACAGAGCCUUCGGGACCUGGCUCGAGCUUAUGAUGGGCCUCCGCAAUAUGACGAGGGUCCUCAAGCGCCUCGGGAAGCAUCACCUCGCGAUGUCCUUUGAUGCUUGGAGCGGCCACCACUUUACAAUGGCCCGGAAGCGCGACGCCGCGGCGCGGAUCCGACGUAUUGAAAGGCGCUGCGUUUUGAGGUUACAGGCGCGCCAGGCUUCGCGAGCGUUGCGGACCUGGGUUGCUUACGUCAAAGCCUGCCGCCUGCUCGAAAGGCGCUUGCUGCGCGUCGAGCGCAUCCUCGCGAAGACAAUCAAAAGGUGGGUCUGUCGCGUCAAGAGCGCCGCCUUCAACAAAUGGAGGGACGGUUUGGUCUUUUUGAAGCAUUUAGAAAGACUUUUACUAAGAUUCGUCAAGCGGCAUUUGUUCGUGGCGUUCCAGACGUGGUCCGGACGUUUACUCAUCAUCGACCGGCGACGAGCCGCCGCGAAGCGGCUGCACCGCUGCCAGCGGCGGGUGCUGAGGCACUUUUAUAGUGUAGCGGUGUGGAUGGCGCUCCAGAACUGGAAGCAGCUCUGCUGGGAACUGAGGGCUCAAGAUGGAAGGACGGCGAGUGGGCUCGGGAUCAUGGAGAGAUACUUGAGACGGUGGCUGAACCGUAAGGUUGGGCGCUACCUCACCACGUGGGCCUCCAUAACAAUAUGGCUGCGCAACCUCGAGAAGGUUGUGCAGCGGUUGCGACGGCGGCGCGAGGCGAUCGCGUUCGGGACCUGGAGCGGCGAGCGCUUCCGGUUAGAAAGGCGCCGCGAUGUGCUACGGAGGGGCCUCAAGGCCCAGCGGCGGUGGCUUCGACGCCUGCGCCACUUCUCGGCUCAAAGAGCGUGGCGGAGCUGGAUGAGUCUCGUCCUUUCCUGUAGAGAAGUUGACAGGACGCGCGGCGUCAUCCGCAGCAUCCUCCACAAAUCAGUGAGGAAGUGGGUCAAUCGGAAGGUCGCCAAAGCUUUCACCACAUGGUCUUCCAACAUCGUAUUCCUGCGCAAUGUGUACAGGGUCGUCUCGAGAUUAGAACACCGUUUCGUGGCCAAGGCCUUCGACACGUGGUCUCUGAGAAACUUCGCUCUAGACAAGAGGGUGGAUUCGAUCCGCCGAGUGUUGUUGCAGAAGAAACGAUUACUUAGACAUUUGUGUCUGAGAAGGUGCUCGCGCGCGUUUUUGGUCUGGCGCUCCCGGUGUCUCGAAGGUCACAUACUGGACAAAGAGCAGGAGCUCGGGUUCUACAAGCUGCGCAAAGCUCUGAGGAAGUGGCUCCGGUGCAAACAAAUGAGAGCCUUCGAGACCUGGUGUUCAUUGGUCGAAUUCAAGCGGAACCUAUCCAGAGUUUUGAUGCGGUUCACGAAGCGCAAACUCGCGGUGGGUUGGCGGACCUGGACGGACCGGAACUUCACGCUUGUUAGGAGACGCGAUUCCUUGCGACGUGCACUGCGGGCCAAGGACCGUAUCCUGCGGAGGAUGAUCCUCAAGAGCUGCUCGAAGGCAUGGAGGACGUGGCAGCCCCACGUGGUGUGGGAUAGAGCUGUCGCGGCGGACCGGGUGCUGGGGUUGCGGUGUUUGCGGCGAUGCUUGUCGAGAUGGGCGAAGCGCGACGUUUAUGCGGCCUGGCGCACGUGGGCCGCGAAGACGAGGAGGACGCAUCUUGUGAGGAGGUGCUGCUUGUAUUUGCAGAAGCGGCGCCUCGCCCUCGGCUACCGGGCCUGGGCGGCGCACGUCACACGCCUCACGAAGAAGGAGGCCGCCGUCGUGCGUUUGACGCGGCUGGCCACCGGAACUCUCCGGAAGUGGCGCCGCCGGGGCCUCGCGAAGGGUCUGCGGGCCUGGCGCGGCUUUGUGGCGGAGUGCACAGCACUCGAACGUAAAUUCGCGACGGUCGUGCGCGCGCUCCGGGCGGGGUUGCAGUGGUGGGCGACGGGUCGCUUGAAGGUAGCGUUGAGGCGGUGGCACGCCACUAUCGCCUUCUUCGACGAUCUCGAAAGGUGCGUCCUGCGCAUGUUGCGAAGGCGCCUCGCGGUCGGCUUCCAGACUUUGGUGUCCGUAGUGGGCCUCGCCACAAAGCGCCAACGGGCCAUCCACCGGGUCCUGCGAUCAAAGAAGCGUAGUAUUAGGCACAUGCAGCAUAGGAGACUAGGCCGGGCCCUGCGCGUUUUAUGUCUCAACGGCUCGUCAACAAGUCAGAGCUCCAAGGACAAGGGCACGGCCGUGGCUUUGCUCAAAAGGUACGCGCGGCGCUGGGAGGGCGGCCAGAAGCAUUUGGCGGUGCGGAUUUGGUGUAGAAAUGCGGCCGCGCGAACGUCCAAGGGCGCGGCGGCGCUGCGGGCUCUUAACAUAGGCCAACGGGCUCUGAGGAGGCUUCUUCGACUCCGUCUUUCAAUGUCAAUGAACGCGUGGCGUAGUAGAACGGUCAACGAUCAUCGGGCGAUGGCCAUCCUGGCCAAGGUCGCGCUGCGCUGGAGGGCCGGCGCCGUCAGCAGAUCAUAUAGGAGGUGGGCGUUGACGGCGCGCCGGUUCACGGCGCGCAAGGUCGCCAUGGUUCAGUUGGGGAGGGCCCUGCUGCGGUGCGGCGCCAGGCACCGGCGCAAUGGGCUCGGUGCUGUUCUGGUCGCGUGGCGCGCACUAUGUGUGAUGGAGUCCGACUCGGACAAGGACAAGCGCCACGCCAUUUCUGUCUUAGCGCGGGGCGCUUUCAAGUCAAAACGCCUCGCGCUCAUCCAUGGCGUGCGGACGUGGCGCGCCCACGCUCUUAUUAUGAAAGACGACGCGGCGCGGGCGCGCAUCCUGCACCUUUUAUCAAAUCGCUGCGGCCGCCGCGUUCUUCGUAGAGCCAUCAACCAGUUGCGCCCUGUGUGGAAAUCAACCAGUGUGUCAGGUGCUCAUUUCUCGGCGAUGACGCGGCCGUCCUGGCUCGGCCGAUCGGUGAGCAACCGGCAUCGCCACGCCAUCGAGCAGGCGUCGCGUCGAUGGCGUGGAAGACGACGCGAUGAUUCAGCACGAACGCGCCGUAAAUUUUGAUUUCCCCACAGGUGGCGCCUGAAGCGCACCGCGCCCGCGAAGCGCGCGCUCAAGAGGCACGUCGUCGCCCGCGUCUCGGCCGUGUCCCGGCGCCAGCUCUUCAAGGCCUUCGUCUUCUGGCGGUCGAGCGCGCCGCGGGCCGCCGAGGACUUCUGGCACGCGAACGAGUACUUGAGAAGAGCCGUGCGCUCGCGGCGUCCCGCGAGGUGCCUUCUUUUGGCCGUUGCCGUGCGUACGGAUGCUCUGCUUUCGCCGCGUGCGCAUGACAUCCACCGCCCCGCGUCGAGGGCCGCGCCAGCAGUCCGAGACGACCCACGCGCGCCGCCACUGCGACGCACGCCCUCGACGCGACCCACACGCGCCGUCGCCGCCGCCGCGAGCCACGCACACGGUCGCCGCCGCCGCGAGACCCGCCAAUAACCCCACAAAAACGCGCAGGUCACCUGCGUCGAGGUCCGCAACGACCCUUCAUUAAAAGCUGCGCUGCGAUCCUGCGUGCUGCGUUCGGCGAAGACCGAGCGAGGGUGGUUGCAAUUGCAGGCGUGCUGCUUCGAUGGGGAUGGCGUCUACCUCGGCCCGUCGCUCGCAAUAUACAGAGACGGUUUGACAGAUGAAGUGCUGUUAGAUGGCGGCGCGGCACAAGUGACCGGAGAGGGCUUUUGUGUGGACCGCGUCGGGCGGUCGUCGCUACCGUAUGUGAUUUCGGAGGGCGACGCCUGGGUGGCUGCUGUGGAUGCAAGUCUAGCGCACCACGCCCUCAUAUUGAGAAGACUCCACGGCGACCCGCGCUGCCGGCGGCCCUCGCAACGGCGCGCGGCGAUCAAAAACUUCCGCGAAUCGAAACCCGCGUUCCCCCCGCCCCAAUUUGAAGAAAGAGCGUUAAUACCCUCCAACCCUCAAGUCGCGUCGCCUCGGGAAGUCGCGGCGGGCGUCUUGGAAGUGGCCCAGACUGGAUCUGAAACGAGACGCACGGGCCUCCACUCGUUAAUUGUGAAGUCGGGCUAUUUACUGUAUGAGCGGCUGCCGGGCGUCUGGCGGCGGCGGUUCCUCAAGCUACGGGCGGUGAGUUUCGACGUAGCUUCAAGAUACGCGGGGCCUUGCGUCGAGUCUUCGUUAGAUGAAGACUCCGAGCCUCUGGCGACGUUUCCGCUGGAUAGCACGAGGGUGAGAUCCGGGGCGUCGGAGGCGGGCCUGCACCCCAUGCUCUUCGUGGAUAGUGCGUCGGGCGCGUCGGAGCGCUUCGCCGCGGCGACGCGGAGAGAUAGAGACGCGUGGCUGGCCGCCGUCGAGGCCGCGCGCGAGCAGCAUUCUACCGUGAUCGAUUCGUUACGAGGUGAGGUGAGGAGGCCGCCGCCGCCGCCUGAAAUACCAGAAGAGCCGGAGCGGACGCACCUCUUCCGCUUUGGGGUCAACGCCUCCAAAAAGUUCCAGUGCGUCCACUGCUCGUUUCGCGGGACUUAUGAGGAAGUGGCAGCACAUGAAAGGAGCUGCCCCGACGGUGGGAUAAAGGGCAUCCUGAGCUGCUCUUCUCGAAACUGGAAUCAAGCAAGGUACGAGCUGAAAGGUGGCGCUUUGGUGGGCGACGGCCAGCGUUUUGAGUUAAGGGGGGCUUCUGUGCGCUCUGCCGAGCCGUGCGGCUUCGACGUCGAGGCGCCGGGGCGGGGACCGGUGUCGUUCGUCUGCGCUACUGCCGUGGAGCGGGACGGGUGGGUGCGGGCGCUUGGGAGGGUGUGUCGCGUGGCUACGCCCUCGUAA